AUGGUAUGUUAUAUUUGUUUACGACAUAAUGAUCAUAAUGUUGUAUCAAGUUCAUUGGAAACACAUGAAAUUAUACUUAAAUAUUCAAAUUUAUUUGAUUUUGAUCAAUUAUUAAUUUCAACUCCAAUUGGAUCUAUAGAAGAAAUUCGUGUCAGUGAAGCCUUAAAAACAGAUAUUACAUAUCUUUUAUCUUUAUGUGAACACGGUGAUCUACAUUUACGUGGUGCAUGUGCAAAUUUACUUGUUACAUUAAUUCAAACAAUAAUUCAUCUUUUAACACUAUCAUCAUUAUCAAAUUCUUUUAUUAAUCAAUGUUCACUUGUAUCAACUGAUUCACAAGACAGUUCAAGUCAUGCAUUUACAAUCAUAGGAAUUGAAUUAUUAGAAGAUUCUAUUCAACACAGUACAAGUUUCUAUGUUCUUGCUAAAGUUAGUCUAGCUCAACUUAUAGAUGAUAUUGAUUUUCGAAUAUUAACUUAUCUUGAACAACAAUUAAAACAACAGUACCCUGAUAUACGUGUUCGUCAAGCAAUUGCUUCGACUUUUGCUAAUCGUAAAAAAUAUAUUAAUACAAAUGAAAGUAAUUUUCAAGCUGCUGUACUCGAUUUACUUGUUCAAUUACUUUUAAUUCGUCAUUUUAUUUAUUGUAUUGCUGAAUUUCUUGUUAUGUUAUCACAUGAUACAUUUCAUUCAAAACAAUUUAUUAAAGUAGAAGAUUUAAUAAAACAUUAUGAUUCAUUAUUAGCAAGUAGACAUGAGCCUGAAACACAUGUUAUUGUUAAUAGUGUUCAAAUUGAAGAUGAUAAAUGGGAACGUCUUUCACGACAAAUUGUCGAUUUACUUCUUACUCAUUUACAAUCUCAGAAUGAUGUUUUAUUAUCAGUUAAUGGAACACGAGAUGAAACUUUUAGUGCAGCUCUUCUUCGUGUUUUACAUGACAUAAUAUUAUGA